GUUUGGGAUGCUAUCGAGGGGACCCUGCGCAGCAGCAACGAGGAAGGUCAAUCUGGCAUCACAGCUCUCGUCUUCCUGAGCAACAGGAUCGUUGCUGCCCGCUUGAACGGCUCCUUAGAUUUCUUUUCGCUGGAGACACACACAUCCUUGAACCACCUGCAGUUCCGAGGAGCCCCGAGCAGGAGCAGCAUCCCGUCCUCGCCGGUGUUCAGCAGCAGCGACAUCAUCCUCUGCCAACUCACCCACACCGUGUCCUGCGCCCACCAGAAGCCCAUCACGGCGCUGAAAGCUGCAGCCGGACGCCUCGUCACCGGGAGCCAGGACCACACGCUGCGGGUGUUUCGGCUGGAAGACUCGUGCUGCCUGUUCACGCUGCAGGGCCACUCCGGAGCGAUCACCGCCGUGUACAUGGACCAGACGAUGGUGCUGGCGAGCGGAGGCCAGGACGGCGCCAUCUGCCUUUGGGACGUGCUGACGGGCAGCAAGGUCAGCCACAUGUACGCCCACCGAGGGGACGUCACGUCCCUCACCUGCACGACGUCCUGCGUCAUCAGCAGCGGCUUGGAUGACGUCAUCAGCAUCUGGGACCGCAGCUCGGGGAUCAAGCUCUAUUCAAUCCAGCAGGAAAUGGGCUGCGGCGCCAGCCUGGGC